GCUAUCACUGCUCCCUCCACUCAGUCUGCGCUCCUCGCUUCUUGUCCACUGGUUCUCUCUUGCUGUCUCAGAUUUUUUUCGCCUCAUUUUUUUUUUUUUUUUUUUUUUGCUGUUCACCUCCGCUUCUCCUGCUCCUCUUUUCUCCUUCUGUGAUUCUGCCCCACAGGGAGAGAUAGGAUCUGUUACACACCGCAUCUGUCACACAUCAAGAGCACAGAGUCUUUACAGCUGCCCAUGCUGGUUGGACCAUACCCAGUUGGUACUUGAGUGAGUGGGCGCUUGACAGAGUUGGCACCUUGAAGGUGCUUGCUGCUGCAGGAGGGGUGACAUAGCCCCAGCCUACCACACAUUCAUUUGUACCAGAUUAAGCUAUUGCAUGAUGCUGCAAGCAGAAGGCCUGGCACAGGCGAUUUACCAUCCCUGCCAGACUUAACAUCUUCAGACGCCUCCUCUCUGCUCGGCUAACAUCUUCUCGGGAAGGUCUGCCCAGAGUCAUCUGCAACUCUACUAACAAUAUCACCCAAAGGGAUGACUGGAGGUCACCUUGCACAGGAGUAAGAGAGGCAGCAAUGGGCUGGACUAUGACUCUGAAAGAUGACUUUGGGGUCAGCGCCUGGACACGGCACACUGGAAACUUCCUCAGCCUUUUCCUUUUCAUCUCGUCUCUCUUUUCCAUUCCAGCCCACUCGGACAUUGUACUUUCCAAAGCCAAUCCUUUUUCAUGGAAAGCAGGUCCGUGGGGUCAGUGCAUCGGGGAGGUGUGUGGCUCAGGUGGGGUUCAGACAAGGACGAUAUGGUGUGUCCACAUGGAGGGCUGGACUACCCAUAACUCGCACUGCCAGCAUGUGGAAAAACCGGAAAGCAAAAAGCAAUGCUUUAAGGUCUGCGACUGGCACCAAGAUCUUUUUGAAUGGGAGAUUUCUGACUGGGGGCCUUGUGUUCUUGUCCCUUUCUUCUCUAAUGAACUCAAGAUGAGGACUACUGAGUGCAUUACAGCACAGCAUGGCAUUCAGAGGCGCAAUAUCCACUGUGUUCGCACUUCGAAUCGAAGCACUGUCAGCAUAAGGAUAUGCGAGUUCUUUUCCCAGAAACCACCUGUGGAGCAGGCCUGCCUCAUCCCCUGCCCUCAGGACUGUGUGGUUUCAGACUUCACCUCAUGGUCGAGUUGCAGUAAAACUUGCAGUGCUGGUCUACAGCAUCGGACUAGAUAUGUCCUGGCCGCGCCAAUGUAUGGAGGGGCGACAUGCCCUAAUCUAACCGAGACCAGGACUUGUACUAACUCUGUUGACUGCCCUGUUGCAGAGGGGGAGUACCAGUACAGCCUUAAAGUAGGGGUAUGGAGUAAGUGCCGACUACCCCUUAACAAGGAUGCCGUCUUAAAUGGAAGGACCACAGUGGACUUUGGUGUUGGCUCCAAUGAGAACAACUCUAUCACGACACAAACGUUGGAUUCUCACCACCAAUUCCGUCAUCACCAGUACCACCACAAACACCAUGGUCAAGCCCACAUAAGAUACCCCUUGUCGUGGGAACUGGAAGUGGGAUAUCAGACACGACAUGUUCGCUGUGCGAGAAGUGAUGGCAAGAAUGUUAUGCUCAGUUUAUGUACCAGGGACACCUCCCCCCUGACCUUCCAGGCAUGCGUGAUGCCCAAAGACUGUCAAACCUCUGACUGGUCAUCGUGGAGUUUCUGCUCAAAGACCUGCCGAUCCACCGACCUGUCUCCCGGGUAUCGCGUCCGGACACGGAUCAUGACACAGAUCCCACAUGGUGAAGGAAAACAAUGUCCUGCACUUGAAGAAAAGGAAGCCUGCAACAUCAUAGGCGAUUUACUUCCAAAAUGUCCCAGGUACACCUGGAGGACCACUGACUGGGGUGAAUGCCGCAUUCAACCCUUGCUGGGCCAGCAGGAUCAACGGCGGGCUAACAUCAGUCUGCUGUGUGGAGGUGGAGUCCAGACCAGGAAGACCUACUGUGUUCAAGUACCUGAUGAUUCAGCAGCACAUUACAAAAAGGAAGUGUCCAGGCCUGUGAAUGCUUGGCUGUGUGAUGGAGAUGAUCCUCCAUUGGCUGCUCAGAACUGCUCCAUUCCUUGCCAGCAUCAGUGCUUACUGUCCCAGUGGUCGCCCUGGAGUGCCUGCCUUCAUGAAAACUGCAAAGAACCUCAAGGGAAGAAAGGUUUCAGACAAAGAAAGCGAGAGGUGUUGUGGGAGUCCAGUGAUACUCUGGGGACUUGCCCUCAUCUGAUGGAGUUCAUCCCCUGUGAGGAUCCUGCCUGCUACCUGUGGCAAAUCCAACAAAACGGAAAAUGCGUUCCCACCAAUGGCUCAUGUGGUCUGGGAACCAGAGUACAGAAUGUGACCUGUGUCAGCGUUGAAGGAGGUGAUGUGCCUGACACCCACUGUGUCGAUGACCCUCCACCCACUGAGGAGGCCUGUGAUGUGGCCUGUUCUGCAGACUGUGUGGUGGAUUCCUGGUCCUCCUGGUCUUCCUGCUCACACAGCUGCGCUACAAAGACCGGAGAGGGCAAGCAGAGCCGCAGUCGCACAGUAUUAGCCAUCCCAGGAAAAGAUGGUAAAACAUGCCCAGCAGCCCCGGUCCUCGAGGAAUGGCGAGUCUGCAAUGACCAUCCUUGCAAUGUAUUUUACUGGGAAGCCUCAGAAUGGGGACCCUGUACUGAGGACGCGUCUUCGAAAAUCAACGAAAGUAGCUACAGGAAUGAGACGUCCGCCUGCCCUGUUGGUGUUCAGAGCCGUAACAUCAGCUGCAUGAGGAUGAAUGCUGGUCCAGUCAUAAGUAAGAGGUGUUUAGAGUCUUCUCGCCCAGAAACUACCCGGCCCUGUUUGUUUCCUUGCAAGAAGGACUGUGUAGUGACGCCCUUCAGCGAAUGGACAGCGUGUCCAGCAUCUUGUCUCCCAGAUAAUUCAACUGCUGCAAUGCAAUCUCGGUACAGAAUCAUCAUUCAGACGCCUGCUAAUGGAGGUCAAGAGUGCCCUGACACACUGUACGAAGGAAGGGAGUGUGACUCAGUUCGUGUAUGUCCGGUGUUUAGGUGGAGGAUGCACAAGUGGCACAGUUGUACCCUGGUGCCUGAUUCAGUUAGACGAGGAUUAUCGGGAUCUGGAGAAACCUGUGGAAAUGGUUUAGAAACGAGAGGAAUCAGUUGUGUUGGGGAAGACGGAGAGCCAGCCAACAUGACAGAGUGCCUGCAAUGGGCUGGACCCUUUCCUUCUCAGAUUAGAGAAUGCCGGGUGGCGUGCAAGGAAGACUGCACUCUGACUACUUGGUCCAAGUUUUCUGAAUGCACCGGAUGUGGCAGCUCACGCACUCGCAGGCGUUCACUUGUAGGCCGUAGCAAAAAGAAGGAGCGUUGCCUGAAUGAGGACAUGUACCCGCUGGAAGAGAACCAGACAUGUCCCUGUAAUGAGUUUUUAUCUCAGCCGUUUGGGAAUUGGUCUGCGUGCAUCCUUCCAAAUCCUCCAGUUUUCGAGUCGCUGCACGGUUGGAUGAGGCACCGAGAGGUAAAAGAGUGUGGCCAAGGUCUCCGCUACAGAGCUGUGGCCUGCAUUGACCAGCGGGGACACCUCGUUAACCCCACGCUCUGCACAGACUCAGGCUACAUCAAGGAGGUUUGUUACAUCCCUUGCCCCCUGGACUGUAAGCUCAGCGAUUGGUCUUCUUGGUCGGGAUGCAGUUCCUCCUGUGGCAGCGGACUGAAAAUUAGGUCUAAGUGGCUCAGGGAGAAAGCCUUUAACGGCGGACGCCCCUGUCCCAGGCUGGAUUUGAAGAACCAGGUGUAUGAGGCUGUGCUAUGCAACAGGGAAUGCAGCCAGUACGAGUGGCGGAUGGAGCCCUGGUCCAUUUGCACCAUCAACACUGUGGACGACUUGCCAGCCUGCGGAGAGGGAGUCCAGAGUCGCAAGAUCAGGUGUGUGAUGAGGGGAACAGCAAGCAUGGAGGAUGGCAGCCCAAACGACAGUAUGUGUGAUCCAGAGGCAAUGCCUCCCAGGGCCCAGGUUUGCUAUUUAGCCUGUCCUAAUGACUGCGUUGUGUCCGCCUGGGGAGCAUGGAGCAACUGCCCUCCGCAGUGCGAUCCCGGCAGUGUGAGGAACAGAAGCAGGCAAGUCCUCCGCCUCCCCGCCGUGGAGAACGCACCCUGUCCAGAACUGGUCCAAUCAGAACCUUGUCUUCUCAACAGUACCUGUUUCACAUACCAGUACAGAGUCUCAGACUGGAGUACCUGCCAGCUGAGUGAAAAUGCCAUCUGUGGUCAGGGGUCACGGUCACGUCUCCUGGACUGUGUGCAGAGUGAUGGGAAAACAGUGGAGUUGCAGAAGUGCCUAGAGUUUGGUCUGAUCAACAAGUUGCAGCUGUUGCAGAGCUGCGUUGUUGACUGUCCUGUCAGCUGCAUCCUCUCCGACUGGUCGCCGUGGGCGGAUUGCUCGCACACCUGCGGUACCCAAGGUCACUCUGUCCGCACACGGAGGAUCCUUCAGGAGGCUCACGAGGAGGGUCGUCCCUGCCCCAGCCAGCUCUCCCAAACAAAGCCGUGCUCCAUAAAGCCGUGCUAUAUGUGGCUGCUGAAUGACUGGUCUCCGUGCGCUGUAGAGGGUGCAAAAUGCGGAGAGGGAGUCCGGAGAAGAAACCUGUCGUGUGUUGUCCACUGGGGGAACUGGCACGAGUCUCCUCCCCCUCAGCCUGUAGACAGAGAGCUGUGUGGAGAUGUGCUGAGGCAGCAACUCCUGCAGGAAAUGGAGCAGCCAUGCUUCGUCCCCUGCCCAGGUGAUUGCCAUUUGACACAGUGGUCCACCUGGAGCUCCUGCCAGCUGAUCUGCCUGGAGGGCCGCAGCUUUGAGUCCAGCGGUCGCCGGGCGCGAUCCAGAGCGGUGAUCAUUAAAGCCAUGGAGAACCAAGGCAGCUGCCCCAAUCAGGUCUUUGAGACCCAGCCUUGUAAAGGAGGAAAAUGCCACAGUUACCAGUGGAAAACAGGGGGAUGGACAAACAACAAGAGGCCAGUGUGGUGUCAACGCUCAGAUGGUGUUAAUGUCACAGGGGGGUGUUUCCCACAGAAAAGGCCCACUACCCUUCGACACUGCCAUCCUCCCUGCACAAAACCCUUCUCGCAUUGCACGCCGAGUGGAGUGUGUGGGUGUGAGAAGGGCUACACUGAAGUGAUGACCUCGCACGGCUUCUUGGACUACUGCACCAGAACCCCCGGGGUGGACAACAGCAAGAAAGCCGAUGUGAAAACUAACUCUGGAAGAUUAAAACCCCGGCCGUCUCAGUCCAACGAUCUCUUCAGCGAGUGGACCUUAAGGCCGGUUGGCCCAGAUGGAAGAGUAAAGCUGUGGGUUUAUGCGGUAGCCAUCGUUGGAUUCGUUAUAGUACUUUUCAUCUUCACGCUGUCAAUCCUGAUCUGCAAGCCAUCCAAAACCUCUACGGCAUCCCCUCCACUGCAGAAGCCCUUGACUCUUGCUUAUGACGGCGAUGUGGAUAUGUAACCUGGCUGCUGUACCACAUGACUGGCCUUGGGCGGGAUUCUGGCCUUGUAUGCAUUGUUGCCAAACACGAACCCCGACCUGCUUGAGCCAGGUUACGUUUGCGAUAGUAAAGCGAUUUGGUCUGCUGUUGACGGCGUGGAAUAAUGGCCGGAUCAAACAAGUGGAGCCACAGCCAGUUGAGCCAAGACUGAGAUAUGGACCUCGAGAUCCUUUUUUUCUAGAACUGCCUGCAACGUGAACACACGGUCCAAGCACCAUUUGCAAAUGAUGAAGCAAGAAGACUUUCAGGCACUAAAGACAAAAUGAAUCCACAAGCGAAUCCACUGUGGAGGUUUUUGAAGUGUCAACAAUCAGAGGGACGACAUUUCUUUGUUUUAUUUUUUAUUUGUUUUGGAGAUGCUCCAGUUUGUAGUUACACAUUCUAAUUUUUCUCAAUAGUUACUGAACUUUGUGAAAGGUAAUGUCUCAAGCUCUUUGGAUAAUCUCUUUUAUUUCUUAUUUUCAAACAAAUAAGAUGGUUUAUGCACUAUGUUAGUGCUGAUGCUUUUUUUUUUUUUGAUGACUUUUCUAGUGUUUUAACCGUAAUGCAAGUCUUAAUUUAUUUUUGCUGUCUGAUUGUGUAUAAUUGAUGAUGCAAUAUGUUGUGUUUACGUGGAAACCAAAAUCAAAGCUUGCCUCGAGUUUAAGGACAAAUGUAAUUUGGCUAUUUCUCCGUUCUGAAGUGACUCCCAGCCAUAGAAAACACAAUUCAGCUUCAAGUUAAUAUCAUUUUUACUCAAUAAAAUACCAUUUUAGUGCAUUUUAGAACAAAAUAAUAAUAAUAAAACAAACAUGUAAAUUAAAAGAUUGGGAACCAGCAUGAUUGAAAUCAUACCUCAUACACACUUUUAAUGUGAUGCAAAGCAAAACAGCACUUAUCACUUAAAUAUAAAGGAGAUGUUGGCAGGGUUACUCAAGCAUAACAUUAUGACCACAGGCAGACACCUUAGAUGAGAAAGAUUUAGGUGGGAAGUGAAAAUGUUUUCCUCCAAAUUCAUCAGUUAGAAGCAGGACAAAAAGUGUAAGUCAGUGAGUUUGACAAGGGCUAUUCAGAUCGGUCAGAACAUCUACAGAAUUGCAGCUUAUGCAGGAUUUUCAAAAUCUGCAGCCAUCGGUAUCUAUUGAAAGAGGUCCAAAAAGGUGAUGAACUGAUUGCAGGCCCAAAGAAGUAGAAGACUGGCUGCUGUGGUCCAACACAGAUGAGCUAUGACAGUCAAAAUAGCUCAAUUGCUGUGUUUCUGUUUAUUGUAACUCUUGAGUAAUUUUGUAAUAUGACUCCCGAUAAAAUCCUAAUGGGUAUUAGAAAUAUUCUGCUUGUAGAUAUUAUUCAUUGGCCAGUGAUCCCUGCCAAGUGAUUGUUUUUUUUCCCAUGAGAAGACAAUCAUACAAGGGGGAAAGAUUAUGAUAAUUCCAAGGGCCCCUAACCAACAAGGGGCCCUCCACCAUGUGUUUAUUUAUUUAUUUUUUGUCAAUAAAAAUAAUUUUAAAAAGUGGGGCCCUGUCAAUUACAAAAUUAAUGACAUUGUGUUUUCUAAAAUUGUCUUUAGCAGUAAAAAUGAAAUGUUACAGAGCAACAGAAGAAGGUGGCCUGGCCUUUGUAUCAGGUGGAUGGCCAGGUUAGUGUGUUCUGCUCUAUGAUGCCCCACCAGUGAUGCAGACCAUGAACACCACUGGUGCAGUCUUACUGGGUUUGUGCACAAUGCCACAAACCCAGAAUGGUUUAUGGUGCUGACUUGGCUGCCAAAUCCCCAGAUCUGUUUAAUUCAGUAUGUGCUAGACAAAUAAGUCCAAUCCAAGCAGGCCUGACCUUCGAUCUUACCGGACCAAAAAGGGCUGCUGUUAACAUAUUGACUCCAAAUACCUGAGGAUCCGUCCAGAGCCGUAGUGGAGUCAUUGAAAAGUUCAUUAUUUUCAUUAUGUCAACAGGUUCAGGUUGUUCUGGCAGCAGAAGAGAGACCAACUACUACAUGCCUAAUCUGUGUCUAUUUGUUUUCAAGAAAAUUGUUCAUUAUUCUUCUUUUUUAAUCAUUACUCCUUACAAUGUUUCAAUUAACUGAAAAAAAUGGCAAUAGUUUGGUACAGCCAGAAGAAAAGAUUGCAAAUACCAAAUAUUCGUGAACACAUUAAUGAUCUUCACUCUCAAAUCUGUGGAGUUUUCUGUCAUUCAACCCAGUUUAUUAUCUUUUUCAUUUAUUUUCUCUUGCAGCUCAGUGCAUAAAUGAUUUUUAAUAAGCCUUUGAGUGGAUUUUAAAAUCCUUUUCACCUUCACUUCUCUUUUCAACUCAGUGGAGGAUCCGUAUUUCCUGUGUUUGGUGAUUUUGGUGCUCACCAGGUAUGAAGCUGUUUCUCAUUUGGCCUCCACUAAUGAAAGAGAUUCACAUUUGCAUCUCAAUAAGUUUGAAUGUAAUUGAAAAGUUACUUUAUUUCUGUGAUUAAGUUAAAAAAUGUAAACUCGUGUUUUAUAGAUUCAUCAGACGCAGUGAUAUGAGUAUUAAUGUCAUUCAUUUUUAUAAUUAUAGCUCUUAGCUAAUGAAACUAUUUUUCUUCAUAAAACAGAGAGCACUGUUGUAAAAAGCAAAUUGCAUAAAUACAACAGUGGCAAUGUUAUGACCUACACAGUCAUUGUGAAGACUGCUGACUUGACAGUCUUCCUGCAGAGAGUCACUGAAACUUUCCACAACAACAUUGAAGCUGGAAAUUCAGUGUCAUAGCAAAGUGGAAAGUUGAGUGUGAGGAAAAAGUGCACAAGCAGCAGGGAUUUAACCGCAGCGCUCAGAGGAAUCCGAAACUAAGCCUGCUCACAAAUUUGAUAUUCAAAAUUCUCUUCAUGCCACGCUGCUUUAAUCUACUCAUAUCACAAAAGAGGUAUUAGGCAAAUUUUACUUGAUAACAAAUAGUCCCUAAAGUUAUAGAGAUAAGAAAUAAAGUUGGUUUGUGACCAUUUUCAAGUUAUAUAUUGAUGAUGGCACAAAAAUUCAAGUUUGUCCUCUUGAAGUCUAAUAAGCUUUGAAUCUGGAAAGAACACUUUAAAUUGUUUCAAUUACACUGUUGAUAUCCAAAAUAAAUGAAAGUUUUUUUUUAAAGUAAAGGAAAUAAAAGCCACACAACCAAAACAGAUUGUAAAAAUGGAUUAUGUCAUCUCCCUAACAGAAAAUGCAUUGCCUGAUUGGCACAUGGACACACUUUUCAGUAAGUUCUCAAUUUUCUGAGAACUUAAAUUUUAAAUGUUCAGUCGUUGAAAUUAUUUCUUGAAAUUUGUCCAUCUGUGUGUAUCAAAUCUAUGUAAUCCUCCCGUUUCAUUGCCUGUAACUGAAUUACUGAAAUAAUCUAGCUUUUCGUGAAUAUUCUUAUUUAAUGAGAUGCACCUGUUCUUGUUUGUGACCUCAUCUUGAAUGUAUUCAUUCAGCCACUCUAUAAUCCCUCUGGUUGUACAAAUAUGGUUGUUACAUGUCACAACAACUGUAUUUCGGCAGCUGUCUCUGUACGUAGGCAUGCUUGAUCUAUUUUGGCAGAGAGCGCUCCAAGUGGCCUUGCAAAAAGUCUCUGUUUCAUAAGUUGCCAAACAUUUUAGAAUAGUCUCUUCUAGCGCACUGUUUCUGAGAUUCGGGAAGCAAAAAGCACACAUGGUAAAAAGUUGGGAAAAAACCCAAAUUUUAAGUGUUCUGAUGCUCUUGACAACAUAUCAUAAGCUAACUAGAAACAUUUGUGUUCUUAGAUGCUUAUGAGAUCUCCUUUGGGUGUGUCGACAGAUUGAGAAACAUCUUUGCCUACAGUUUACAGUACCUAAGCUGUUUGUGUUACUAUUGUGUGUACAUGGAGAACUGGACAAAAUGCAAAUAAAUUGUGAAAUCAUGUGAAAAUCAAAGAAAAGGGCCUGCGUUUCUCUCACUACCCACUCUUUGAGAGGAAUAUGUAUAAGACAGAAGCUCCAAACCAGCAAAGAUCUUUCAUGGCUCCUUGACUUUCAAGUCCUGAUACAUCUGAUAUGUUGUAAUUACCCCAGGCUCCAAGGCGAAGCCCAGAACAGAUAAGCAGUUGAUAAGAUUCAUUUUGCUCUCCAGUCAGAUUUCCUGUCCGAUUGUCCCAGGAUAAUCCCGGGCUGCGAGCGAAGCAGAGUUUAAAUCUUUGUCUCGUUUAAUUCAUUUAUUUAAUCCUGUCACUUUUGCUUAAGACAAGGCUGAAUUAAAACGCUUGUGUCACGGCCAUCUGAUCCAUGGCAAA